UUCGUCCAAAUAUUCCAAUUACCCACCAGAAGAAUAGAAGUUAGAGUAACUAACCAAUCCACAUCUACACAAAAAGAUGUUGCCAGAAGAAUUGGCAGGAAUCCAUUUCCUCUCCCAGGGCCAGGAAUCCCCAACAACCCAUUUCCUCCCCCAUGAAACCCCUUGCUUCCCCUCUGCCAUCAACAGAAUCAUGACCGUCAACGACUACUUCAUCCCGCCGACGUGCCCUAACAGCUACAACUCCUCCAGCUGCUUCGGCGGCUCCUCCUCCACUUCUGACGAGGCCGACGAGCAGCAGACGAGGAUCGUCGACGAGCGGAAGCAGAGGCGGAUGAUCUCCAACAGGGAGUCGGCCCGCCGCUCCAGGAUGCGCAAGCAGAGGCACCUCGACGAGCUCUGGUCCCAGGUCCUCCGCCUCCGCACCGACAACCACAGCCUGCUCGACAAGCUUAACCACGUCACUGACUGCCACGACCGCGCCCUCGAGGAGAUCGACCGCCUCAAGCAGGAAGCUUCCGCACUCCGACAGAUGCUCACCGACCUGCCCAUCGGGAGCCCAUACAAUAAUAGUCCCUCUUCCGACCAAUCCAUCAUCCCCACUUCUGUAGACCUGCUUCUUUAAUUACGACAACUAUUUUGUUUUAUGAGCAAGCUAAGCGCCCCCGUUUGUUGAGACAUGUUGGUUUGGAACUGGAUCUAUAUAUAUAUAUGUAUACCACAAUUCUGUACGAUCCACUCCAUAUAAAAUCAAACGAGUAAUUUGUC